UAGUUGUUUGUAUGGAUGAUAAAAAUGAAAACGUGCUCGUUUUUUAUAGAUUCUUUUCCCGGGUGGUAGGCGGUCAUAAGUGUUUGCUGUUAGUCGUUGGCGUACAGUAAGCAAAGUGGGUAGCGUCGCGCCGUACUACCAAAUAAUUUAACUUGCAUUUGUAUGCGCUCGUACUCGUCGGUGAUUCCGUUUAAGCAGACCAAUCGCGUGUGUGAAGAUUUAUGUUGUUGUUGCGUAUGCUGCAGCCAGCUACAUAUCCUCGUGCUGUUGGCAUAUGUGUUACUGAUUUCGAGUGGGAAUUCGUGAGUGUUUAAUCCCGGUUAGCCGCAUGAUUAUCGAGCACACCGGGGUGUGAAUGCGGCUGGUUGGGCGUGAUGCUGUAAAACCGAACCUAAUUUGUGGGUGUGACGUGGAAAACGCCUUUGGGCUCAUGUUUGCAAUAUUCAUGCGAAUAUAUCAAAGCACUUACAUAUCUGCACACAUAUGUUGUAUACCUUGAUACUUCGAGGCGUUGCAUAUGUAGUUGUAUGUGUGUGAAGUUAUGUUUCAUUUUGCGUUGCACGUAACGCGGUGUAUUGGAAUUCAGUGGCGGCUAACGCUAACUCUAACUUUAACCCUUUAUGAGGCACACGUUCACGUGGUUAGGUUGUACCAACACAGCUGUGGGGAAAUGCCAAUACGACAGCCAAGUCGAAUAUACUGACGAUGCGCAACGAACAUUUUCUGGACUGGCCUAUAUUGGGUGAAUACAAGGCGUAUGGUUUGAAGAAUGUUGUUCAAAAACUAAAAGUUCUAGUAACUUGUUUUAAACAAAAGAUUAUUUACAUACAUAUGUACAUACAUAUGUAUGUACAAAUAACCACAUUGAAAGGGGCGUAGACUCAGUGUGCUGAACAGCCAUUGCCAUUUGCAUGAGCGGGAUAGCGCAUUAAUGCGAAUAACGGAAACAGUAGCCAUCAAUAAAUCUGAGUGGUGGUGAGUUUCACCCAAGCAAUAGUAUAGCGGUUGUAGAAAUGGCUGAGGUGGAUUAACAAGUGCCGCCUUAACAACAACAAGCAGUAUUUUAAUUGAACAUAUAAGCAGCAAGUGUAGUGAGACGUUGAGCGUAGAGCUUGAGUGCGCGAGAGAGAGGGAGAGCGCAUUGUGGUUGAAAUAAUAAGUUUGUGUGACUUUAGCUUUGCUCUAGCGGUUAAUGGAAUUUGAGUGCAAAUAGUGCUGUGCUUAUGAUUGUAUAAAUGUUGCCACAUAUGGUUCUAUGUUUUCUGGAAGCUGUUUGUUUGUACACAUGCUAAAGCUGACGCCUAAGCGUGCGCGAGAGGCUUUUUAUUUCGCAUAGCCGCUUUGUGUGUGUGUAUAGGCUCUCCUUAAUGUAUGAUGGUGUGGUGUAUACUGGCAAUCCGCUGGAAGCUGCUGCUGCUGUGUUUUGUGUUCUUGUUUUUGUGUUUUUGAGAUUUUUAACGCUCUUUGUUUUCGCUGCUUUCGUUUCUAUAUUCAUAUUUUAUUUAUUUAUUUGGUGAAAACACAUUCAUUUGAGAUUUUUCGUUUGAAUGUGCGACAGAUUUUCAUUAGCAACAGUUUAAAUAAAAAACUCGUACAUAUCAGCCGAGAAGGCGCGUGAAUUGACGGCAAGUGUGCAGCAGAGUGUUCUAAUAGAAAAUCAAAUUAAACGUUUUCAGAUUGCAUAUGCGCGUACCUACAAUUAAAAUGUUUUUAAAUUAUCUUUAAAAGACGGUAUUGAGAUUUAACUGACAAAAAAGCUUAAAAAAUUCUUUACGGAAAAAAGUUUGUGUGCAAUUGUCUACAACAAAAACGUGUACAAAUGAAAAGUCGCAGUGAAAAAUAAUGAAAUUCCCUUCGCGUGGUAAUAGCAAAAGCUCGACAAUAAUAGCUACAGUGCAAAACGCUGGCGCCAGUAGCGGCAUGCGUGCCUCAAAAUAUGUAAACGUGCACAAGGACACCAAUAAGGACACUGGCAAGGAUCGGCGCAUGCCUAGUCUGUUAGCGAAUGCAGUGAAAAUGAAGAUUACAAAGUGUAAUGCCACCAAGUUGGCCAACUCCAACAAUGGAAAUAAAGGCUUAGCCGCGACGACUAUGUCGAAUACAACAACAAAUGCAUUUUACAAUAAUAUGUGCAGAUCAUUGAAUGAGAAUCACAGAAUGGCACAGCCAACGAAUUUUCAAAAUUCUGAAGAAUCAAAAGGAUUAGACACAUUAAAUGGAUUUUAUUCAACAACAACAACAACAACACAACAGCACAAAACAAGUGGUGAAUGUGACGAAAUGCUGUGCCAACCGAUACAAGAACAAACACAAUAUUACGGACAGCAGGAUCAGCUAUUGGUGGAAGAUAUGUCAGCUUGUAUGGCGAAAACAAAAACAACAGAAACAGCAGACGAACGGCAUGAUCACUUCAAUCUGCUGCCCAACAACGACACAAGAGUGACAGGGAACGGCGGCAUAUUAAAGGAAGGGCAAAGCCAAUCACCACCACAGCCAAUGCUGAGCGAGCGUGCAAGGAUCGAACUUACAACAAUGAAACUGACUGCGUCCAAAGCUGACGCAGCCGAACACUCAAUACAGUCAGCACAGCAACAACAACAGAAGGUACAGACAGUGCAGCACACAGAGGAGAAUUGUACGGAGGCGAGAAACACGAGCAUAUCUCAAACAACAACAACAAAUGCAAUGCGCUCGCCUUGUACAUUUGUAAACUCACACACGCACAACCGAUCGACGACACCACCGCUACCACAAGCGCACACAAAACCAACACAACUACAAGCCGAACAACAACAACAACAAAAACCUCCUGCGUCAUUGUCAACGUCGUCUUCGGCCGCUAUACCGUCGCAUUCGUCUUCGUCUUCGUCUUCGCAUUUGGCUUCGUUGCUGGCACAGCCUGCUGCUACACUGGCGUUGACGUCGUCUUCGGCGGCAGCGACGACUGUGUCCGCGUCGCCAAUAAGGUCCGCAACACCAAAACUCAUAUCAGUUGUCAACGAAACAUCAAAGCAAACGGUGUUACGUACGAUCGGUGAAGCCCGAAACACAUCAUCAACAACAGUGAAAUCAACAGCAGUGAACGCUUUAGAGCAAACGGCUAAUGUUACACAAAUAAAAACUCCCACAACACUUGCAACGAAUGCUUAUUUUGAAGUGAAAUUAGAGACGACGAGUCAAGUCGAAGACGAAACGGCGAUUCAGCAACAGCAGCAGCAAACGAGCGGUGACGUUGUUGUUAGAGAUAGUGUCGUCAACACGGAUCCACAACAAAUACAACAACAGUUAGUGACGCGAGAUAAAAAUGCCAAAAACGUUGAUAAGUUUCGUAAUGCGAUAACAACGUCUACGACGUUAACAAAAACAAAACAAACACUAAUACCGACUGCUGCCGUGGCGCCGGUUGUAACCGCAAAUGUCGCACAAAUAUCCGUUAUCAACAGUAACAACAAUAAUAAUAAUAAUAACGGUAAAUUAAGUGUUAGUGUAAACAAUGCGAAUGUGAGUGAAAUCAGAAAUGCCAAAAUUAGUGAUAAACAACAAGAACAAAUACCUGUAGAACCACAACAAGACGAACUACUGCCACUUAACUAUCGCGGUGCAAACAAUUCGGUGAUUAUAGCUAAUUUUAAUAGCAACAGCAACAACAACAACAGCCACAACGCAAUUAACACGUCGCACUACGCACCAGUGGAGGCACCAGCAACAGCAUCAACAACAACAACAGUUCAAAUAUUAACAGGUGAGCAACAUUUGGCUGAACCGCAGUAUUUGCGCUACACUCAGCAAUUGUCGCAGGAUAGUAUUGGUGAGGUGCAACACCAACAUCAGCAACAACAGCAAUUGCUGCAACUCACAUCGAAUAUACUCAACGGUGCUGAUCCCAAUUUAAAUUUGGCUGUCGCCACUGAACUGCAACAACAGCAGCAACAACAACAUCACCAACAUUUUUUCACCCCUUACAAUAGUUGUGCCUACGAUCUGUCGCGUCAUAAUCAGCAACAGUUGCUACAACUUGAUCACCAGCAGCAGCAACAUCAAUCACAACAACAGCUCACAAAAGAGUUGCUCGAUAAACCCGACUUAAUUGCUUUACAUCCCUCACAUUUACUAUUUACUCAACAUCUGUCGACGGCAUCGCCGUACGUACACUCCCCACCGUCGCAUUUGCAUCCGCACGCGCACCCGCACCCGCACGCACAUCAUCCACAAUUCAUUGACGACAAUAUGCGCAACAAUUUCAGUCUAUACACCUACGGUGGCAAUCCACAUGAUCAUCUGCAGCAUCACUCAAGCACUGGCGCCGCCCCCAGCAGCAUUGACGAGGUCAUACAGGACACGCUGAAAGAUGAGUGUCUCGAGGAUCAUCACACAGGUGUCAGUUACUGUACGUUGACCACCGUGCCCGACCUUAAGGAUGCCUAUCAUCACACGCAUAUGCUGGGUGCAGCGGAGCAACAGGUGCUGACACCCACUCAGCUGCAUCAGCUGCAUGUGAACACACAUCAACAUCACAACAAUUCAGUGAGUUCGGGUGGCGGUUCACCGUCGCCCACAUCACUUUCGCACGGCGGUACGGCUGGAGACGUCUCCAGCUUUACACAAUUAACCAAUGCGACGGCCUACCGAGACGUGUAUGGUGGCUUUGCCACCGAUCCGACUGUUAUAUCACUGUUUCCGUCCCCGCUGAGUCCAGUUCUAACAAGCAGUUAUCCCGGAUCCCUCUUGACAUCGGCCACCAAUGGUAUACAACAGUAUGGCAUGCAACCGAGCAGCGCAAUCAGCGCCGUCUCGUCCGCCUCGCCAUCCCAUCAGCCAGCACAUUCGGCCGCUUCCACGCCUGGCGCACAUGCAACCCACUCUGUAGUGGUAGCGGGCACCGGUUCCGGUUCAAAUUCCAUCAACAACGAUGACUACGGCUCGCCGAAGAGCAAUACCAGUAGUAAUGGUGGUGGUGCUGGCAGUGGAGCGACCAACAACCAGUCUAUUGCUGGUGGCAGUGGACGUUUGCCUGCAUUUCAACGCAUUUCCAGUUAUGUUGGUGGUGCGGGCGGUGCAGCUGGUGUCGGCGGUGUGGCGAAUGUCAGCGUCGCAGCUGGCGGCGCCGAUCGUUACACAUCGUUGACAAAUUAUCGCACAAACGACACAUGGGCAGGCCAUUAUGAGGCAAUUGGUUACGCGCCCACUUCGGUCGUAACGAGCGCUGCCGGCCUAGUUGGAAACACGAAUGUCAUACGCAGCUGCAAUGGACGUGCGGGUCCGGGCGUUGGCGUGGUUGGUGUUGGUGUGGAGGGCUCCGCAUCAGCCAAUUUGGCGGCCGCUGCGGCACAUUUGACUGCAUCCGCAUCGUUGUCAGCAACAUUUUACGAUGCCGAUUUUAUCACCGACGGGCGAGAAUGUGUCAAUUGUGGUGCGGUUUCAACUCCAUUGUGGCGCCGUGAUAAUACCGGACAUUAUUUGUGCAAUGCGUGCGGUCUUUAUAAUAAAACGAACGGCAUGAAUCGCCCCUUAAUAAAACAGCCUAGACGAUUGAGUGCAUCCCGUCGCGUUGGUCUUUCCUGCUCGAAUUGUCUCACAACACACACCUCGCUCUGGCGCCGCAAUCCCAGCGGUGAGCCCGUUUGCAAUGCCUGCGGACUGUACUUCAAAUUGCACAGCGUGAAGCGGCCCUUGAACAUGAAGAAGGACACUAUACAGACACGCAAGCGCAAAGCCAAGGGCGCCAAGGGUGAAAAGUCCAGCAAAAGCAGCAAAGCAAAUGCGAACGCCAAUCCGGCCGCUGUUGCCAAUAACGAACUAAAACAAUUAACAACUAACUUGCAACAACAACAGCAAAAGCAACAGCAGCAGCAGCUGCAGCAACAAACGCCGCAAAUGCAAGUGAAACAGGAGUCACAAAGCAACAACAACAACAACAACAACACUGUAUUGACGCACACGGCGCGUUUGUCACCAACAACAAAUGAUGGCAGCAUCUCACCGACAGACACCAAAUCACCACUUAUGGCCUUGUUGCCAUCAUCACCGCUAACGCAAAUGGAAAAUGUUGCUACAAUGCAAGAACAACAACAGCUACAACAAACAUACAAUCAGAAAAUGUCACCAAUGCCGCAUGCAAACUCACCGACAAUGUUCUCAUAUACAUCACCGACACAUAACGGGCAUUUGAAUAACAAUAACCGUUCAUAUAACAACAACAACAACAAUAAUAAUAAUAAUAACAACAAUACGUUAAAUCUUAUGCAGAAACAACUGCAGACUCACCAAACGCAACAAUUACAGAAUAUGCAACAACAGCAACAACAGCAUGCAGCACAAUCGCCGCGUCAGCAACAACAGCAACAAUUGAUGACACAGCAACUUAUGCAGCUGAUGCCGCCACAUUCGUCCCCCUCCACAUCGGUAUCGAUGCCACCAACGCCUACUACACCAACCACACCGACGACGCCAACCACGCAUCACCAACAGCAGCCAUUGCAUCAGCAAUUGUCACCACUGCAGGAGCAGCAGCAGCAACAGCAGCUCCAGCAACAGCAACAACAACAGCUAUUUCAACAUUUGGUGCACCAACAUCAGCUGCAACAUGACCAACAACAGGCACACUUGGACAACAUGUCGCUACACUAUCACCAACAAUAUCUGCAGCAACAACAACAGCAACAGCAUCAGCAACACUCAAUUGCGCCACAAAGUCCCGCUGGUUCAGUGUCGCCGGCGCAUUCGAAUUUCGGUGAACUGUUGCCGCUGCACGAUUCGGCCAUCAAAAUGGAGCAACAACAUCGUCCAAAUCAUCAACAACACCACCACACACACAACUCGCAUUUGAUUACACAAGAUGUGGCGCUCAGUCGCAGUCCCUCACUGGAGGAUGACGAACUGAUGCUGGAGUUGCAGCAUCAUCACCAGCAACACGCCCAAUCGAUUGCGUUGAAUUUGCAGCACCAACAAAAUCUCUUCGAAUUGCAUGAAUACGAGCGUAAAUACGAACGGGGCACUGUGGUGAAGUCGGAGUGAGGGCGCUGCAAAUGGAGAGCGUUCGUUAAUUGGUGGCGUUAGCAGCAAAGAGAAACCAAAGAGUGGAUUUUUAUCAUUUAUAUAUGAUAUACAUGUGUGCGUGAGUGUGUGGGUGUGUAUGUGUGCAAUAAGCAUGACCAGUAAUUGUAUGGAUGUGUGUACUUAUAUUUUAGUGCAAAUUUUAUUAGAUUUUUUAGCGUAAAUUUGUGAAAACCAAUUCUCCAAAGAGCGCAGUGGUCGUGCAAAUAAUUAUGAAACGGUACAAUAAUCAUUAUUUUAAUUUAAAAUUAAUUAAUUUUGAACAAAAGAAAAAAAAACUGAAAAUAUAUUUUUAAACACAUUUAUAAUGGACUAAAAGGGGUAUGCUUGCCUAGUUGUACCCCAAUAUAUGUAUGUACCCAAAUAUGUAGGUAUGUAUAUUGCUAAUUAAACUAACAAAAAUUGGAUUUCACUCAAAGUCUGACGAAUAUGUGUAUAUAUAUUAUUAUAUGCACAGAAAAUUGUUAAGCCAAUAUUAACUUGAAGUUAUCUUUAAACAAGUUUUGUAUAUUAAAGCAUUCCAAAACAAAAAAAAAAACAAAUAUUUCUAGCAUACCAAAAUAUAGUUAUAUGAAUUUCUAGUUGUAAGCUCGUUUUGCAAAAUUGCUUUGAGAUUUAUUUAAAAACAAAAUUAAAAAAAAAAAAUAUUUGUAUAAACAAUUGACAUUCUAUUUCUAAAAAAAUUAAUAAUGUUUAUAACCCAUAUUUUAGUUAAUUAUAAGUAUCAUAUAUGUAUGUAUGUAUAUUC